ACAAGAGGAUCUGUGAUCUUAGUUGAGAUUUGCUUGGCCAAGGAUGAAGGAGGUGGUGGUAUUAUUAUUUUGUGUGGGCCUCUUAGUUCCUCUUGAAUCUUCUUCCCUGUUGGCAUUAGAAGAUUAUCCGAUUUCCUUGUACCACCGAGAUUCCCUGCUCUCAACCGUGCUUUGGUUCCGCCCUCCCUACUGCCUGUAUGAGCUCUGGUAUGAUAAAACCCUGGAUCAUAGCCUGGCCACCUGGCAGACAGCCACCAUAGAGAUGCAGGUGAAACUUGAAGGGGAUGACAGUGUGUACAAAGCCACCCAGAGGUUUCCUAUACCCAUUUGCAGCCCAACCAUGGUGCAGUCUUUGGACUUGGGAGACCAUGCUUGUGAGAUGGGGCCUUCCCUAGCUUGCCUCAAUGAUACUUGUAUGAGAGCUGUCCUUCCUGGUCGAAUGUACAGGAUCAGAUACCUUCUCUGCAAUAAAGACCACUCUGUGCUGGCUGUAGCUGGCUGGUCCAAGGAUUUCCGUACAAGGGACAUGCCCCAUGAUUUCCGCACCAUGGACGUUGACUUUGGAAAACACUCCACCGGGAUGGUGCUCAUCACGGCACUAGCAACCAUUACGAUGUUUCUCCUCUUGGGAGCUGCUGGACUAGCCCUGAUUGUGAGGCCACCGUCCUUCAGCCUGAUCAGUCAGAAUCCCACCAUGUCGUUCUUGAUGGAAUCCAGCCCCGGCAGAUCAGAAUCUUCCUGUCUAGCUAGAUCACCAUCCCCUAGACCCAUCUGACAAAUAUGUUGACUGUAGCCUAAUAAAUGUGACUUACAGUUUU